AUCCAAAAUAUUCGAAGUGCUUUUGCACAACUUGGAAAACAACAUUUGCGCUGCAUUGAGAAGGAACCUACACUUUUCUCUACAUACAAUUGUUAUAAGCAAUGUUGUUUGCAUAUUAUUAAAAGUGGAGCUUACCGGAUUCUACGGGCUCAUAUUUUACGUGCAGGAACCGGCGCCAAAUACCUUAGUUCCGUGCCUUAAGAAAGCCCUUCGCCCGAAGUAAGAGUGUAAAGCAUCAUCAACUGUAGUGUUACGAAUAUGUUUCUCAAACAGUUCGCUGGCUUAUUGAAGCCAUCCACAAUAACUACUCUGCUUGAACCGCUCAAAACAGCUCCACUUACUGCCCGAUGGAACAACACGGCUGCAUUUACAAGUUUACGAUGGAAUAGCACCAGCGCUGCUUCUGCUGCUGCCAUCCCCGACAAAAACACCGUCGAUACCGUAAACAAACAGGUGGAAGCCGGUUCUGAAGGACGACUAUUCGCGGUCGUGCAACUGUGUGGCAAACAGUUUAAAAUCACUUCCGGCGAUAUAAUCGUCGUUGAGGGUUAUUGGCCACCGGAAAACGGUGAUCGUUUACGGUUGGAUAAGGUGCUGCUAGCAGGGAGUAAGGAUUUUUCACUCAUCGGUCGACCACUGCUAACACCCGGACUGGUAGACGUGCAGGCUACGAUUAUCGAGAAAACACUUUCCCACACUCGCACACACUUUCGCAAGAAGCGCCGGAAGCAAUAUAUCCGCAUCAAUUUCUACCGCACGCAACAAACGAUGAUUCGGAUCAAUUCGAUCGACAUUACGCGAAAGUUAGAUGAGGCGAACGUGAAUCAUACUAGCGAGGAGAGAUUUUUCUAGCGAUAGAAGACCAGAUUUGUAGAAGCUCUAUCAAGGGAGAUAAAUAGAUUACUGAAGUUGCUAUUCCCCAAUAAACUUUAGU